AUGUUCAGAAACGUGAUUAAUCGUGGACUACUGAGACCAGCUGCGUCUUCGAGAAUCAAUGCGUAUGCAUUUGGCAGAUGUAUGAGCACAGAAACAAAAGAAGCCAUCGAGUCAGCUGUUAAGUCAGCUCCUGUAGUCCUCUUCAUGAAAGGAACCCCAGAAUUUCCACAAUGUGGUUUUUCAAAAGCUACGAUCAGCAUGUUGGGUCAACAGGGAGUAGAUCCUAUGAAGUUUGCUGCCUAUAACGUUCUAGAAGAUCCCGAGUUGAGAGAGGGCAUCAAGGAAUACAGCGAGUGGCCCACUAUUCCUCAACUAUAUGUCAACAAAGAGUUCGUCGGUGGUUGCGACAUAGUUAUGAGCAUGGCUCAAUCCGGGGAAUUGACUAAGCUACUCGAAGAGGCGCAGGCCCUCGUUCCAGAGGAGGAGGCCUAA